AUGGGAUGUUGUUGCUCUAGACGUUUUACUGAAGAGGAAGAUAGAAAACUGAGGUUCCGCAAUAUCGGUGGUAGACGAUAUCAUAAUAUUUCAGAUUCAGAGUAUUUUAUUCCGAAUGAUGAUGAAGAAGCUUAUCGUUUAACUAGGUAUCAUCAUGCAAUAAAAGAUAUUUGGGGAGGAUUAUUUCAUUCACCUAUUGAAGAGAAGUUGAGACAAGGAGCUCGUGUUAUUGAUUUAGGAUGUGGAAGUGGAAUUUGGAUUUUGGAUAUGGCAAAACAAUAUCCUAAUUCAAAGUUUAUAGGAGUAGACUUAUCUCCAAUUUUUCCAACAGAAGGUCUUCCUUUAAAUGUGGAGUUUCUCGAAUAUAAUGUGUUGGAUGGAUUACCAUACGAAGAUUCGUCUUUCGAUUUCGUUCACGAAAAAUUUUUAGUUGGUGCUUUUACGGAAGCACAAUGGAAAGAGAAAGUUAUCCCAGAAAUGACAAGGUUAACUCGGCCAGAUGGAUGGGUUGAGAUGUUAGAAGCUGAUACUUAUCUUACAUCUGAUGGAAACGCUACAAUUAGAAUUGCAAAAGCUCUCCAAAAUUACAUGAUACCGAAGGGAAUGAACUGUACAAUUGGGAAAGAGAUUCCGCGCCUUUUAGAAAACACAAACGCGUAUUCGGAAAUCAGAAAUCAAUCAAAAGCCAUAGUUUUAGGUAAAAAGGGUGGCAAAUCUGGGCAAGAGACACUUAAUUUUUACACGGUUGGUCUCAGUUCUAUCAGAGGCAUUUUAUCGGCCAGUAUGAAUAUAAUGAUCGAACAUUAUGAUGCUCUUAUCGAAACAAUCUAUACUGAGGCGGAAAAAACUACUUCUUAUUUUAAUCAAUAUCGAAUUUGUGGUCAUAAGAAGAAUUAA